CCUUGGAAACAAGAAAGUUGACGAAUAAGACUCUGAAUUUCUCAGGAGAGAAGCCUUCUACUCCGAUGUUGGACACUGUCAAUUACCCCAUUCACAUGAAGAAUCUAUCCCUUCAGGAGCUUGGGUCGCUUGCCGAUGAACUGAGAGAAGAGAUUGUUCACAGUGUCUCAAAGACAGGAGGCCAUCUGAGCUCCAGCCUCGGCGUGGCGGAGCUGACCGUUGCACUCCACCAUGUUUUCAACUCUCCUCAAGACAAGAUCAUCUGGGACGUCGGUCAUCAGGCGUACGCUCAUAAGAUUUUGACAGGAAGAAGAUCCAGAAUGCAUACCAUUCGGCAAACCAGUGGACUCGCAGGAUUCCCCAAGAGAGACGAGAGUGUUCACGAUGCCUUCGGAGUUGGUCACAGUUCCACUAGCAUUUCAGCCGCCUUAGGGAUGGCGGUUGCAAGGGACUUGAUGAGCAAGGAGAACCAAGUGGUUGCAGUGAUAGGUGAUGGAGCCAUGACGGCGGGACAAGCAUAUGAGGCGAUGAACAACGCUGGUUUCCUCGACACCAAUCUUAUCAUAAUCUUAAACGACAACGAACAAGUUUCCCUUCCUACCGCCACCGUCGACGGUCCUGCUCCUCCGGUCGGCGCACUAAGCAAAGCCCUCACAAGACUACAAACCAGCAGAAAGUUCCAUCAACUACGUGAGGCUGCAAAGGGCAUCACCAAGCAAAUUGGCGGCCAAGCACAUGAUAUUGCUGCAAAAUUGGAUACCUAUAUGAGAGGAAUAGUGGGUGGUUCAGGUGCUUGUUUGUUUGAAGAGCUUGGGCUUUAUUAUAUUGGUCCUGUGGAUGGCCAUAAUGUGGAAGACCUUGUCCAUGUUCUGAAGAAAGUCAAGGACAUGCCAAACAUGGGACCAGUUCUGAUUCAUGUCAUCACUGAGAAAGGCAAAGGGUAUGCACCUGCUGAAGCAGCAGCAGACAAGAUGCACGGUGUUGUGAAGUUUGAUCCCAAGUCAGGGAAGCAAACGAAGUCCAAAACAAGCACUCGCUCUUACACUCAAUACUUUGCAGAGUCUCUAAUAGCAGAAGCUGAGGCUGAUGAUAAAAUUGUUGCUAUCCAUGCUGCAAUGGGAGGAGGCACGGGACUUAACUUAUUCCAACAGAGAUUCCCUGAAAGAUGUUUUGAUGUUGGGAUAGCCGAGCAACAUGCAGUUACCUUUGCUGCCGGACUUGCAGCUGAAGGCCUCAAGCCUUUUUGUGCAAUUUACUCUACUUUUCUGCAAAGAGGUUUCGAUCAGGUAGCACAUGAUGUGGACCUUCAAAGGCUUCCAGUGAGAUUUGCAGUGGACAGAGCUGGGCUGGUCGGUGCUGAUGGUCCAACUCAUUGUGGAGCCUUUGACACAACAUUCAUGGCUUGUCUGCCAAACAUGGUGGUUAUGGCGCCUUCCGAUGAAACCGAGCUCAUGCACAUGGUGGCCACUGCUGCUGCCAUAGAUGACCGCCCUAGCUGUUUCAGGUAUCCAAGAGGAAAUGGCAGAGGGACCCUUCUUCCAUCAAACAACAAGGGCAACCCACUAGAGGUUGGAAAGGGAAGGGUAUUGAAGGAGGGAAGUAGAGUGGCACUUGUGGGAUAUGGAACAAUUGUUCAGAGCUGUGUGGAAGCAGCAAAGCUUCUUGAAGAUCAAGGCAUCUCAACCACCGUGGUUGAUGCCAGGUUUUGUAAGCCUGUGGAUGGAGAAUUGAUGAAGCAGCUAGCUAGAGAGCAUGAGGUUCUCAUCACUGUUGAAGAAGGAUCCAUUGGAGGGUUUGGCUCUCAUGCUUGUCAGUUCCUAGGCUUGAAUGGACUGCUUGAUGGAAAUCUCAAGUGGCGAGCCAUGACACUACCAGACAGAUACAUCGACCAUGGAUCUCAUACAGAUCAGAUUCAAAUAGCAGGAUUGAGUUCAAAACAUAUUGCAGCUACUGCUUUGUCUUUAACAAAUACUCAAUCGGAUAAUCGUUAUCUAUUCAGUCUUCAUAUGUGAAUGUUUGGGCAUAAGAUGAGAUAUAUUAUUUAUUUUGAAACGUCCCCUUUAAUUUAAACAUGUAAAUAGCCAACGUAAUGA